UGUCGCUCAAUCGGGAGUCGGCUGCUUGCGCAAAGUGCAAACGCUUCCCUCCUUCCCCGCCUGUAGGCUGUAGCCAUGCGGCGGCACUACGCGGCGCUCCUCCGCCGCGCCGCCUCGCUGCCGUCUCUCCCUCUCGUGGCCUCCAUCCACGCCGCCGCGCUUCGCCGGGGCGUUGUCCUCGUCCCCUCGCUCAUCCACGCAUAUUCAGCCUGCGGCGACCCCAUCUCUGCGCACAGCGUGUUCGACGAAUUGCCCUGGCAGGAGCAGACGCUCUCGGCGCGCACCGCGCUGGCCAGCGCGAUGUCGGCGCACGGACGGUGCCAGGAUGUACUCUUACUGUUCCAAGGAAGGGAGGGGGAGAUGGACGAUAAGGCGGUGACGGUGGUCCUCUCCGCGUGUGCGAGGGCAGGAAUGGUGGGCGAGGGGAGGGAGGUAUUCGCGAGGGUGAGGAGGCCGGCGCUUCAGCACUACACGUGCAUGGUAGAGAUGCUGGGACGGGCCGGGGAGGUCGAGGAGGCUGAGGGGCUGGUGGCGCGGAUGGAGGUACGUCCGGACAGGGUCAUCUUUGCGGUGCUUCUCACAGCGUGCCGGGUGCAUGGCCGCGUCGAUGUGGCUGAGAGAGUGGCCAGGUUGAUGCGACAUUAUGGUAUUGCAUGAAUUGUUCCAGUCUGACAGUUGACCAUCUGACCAUUGUGUUAGCCGAAGAUCAUCUAAAUAUCCGUGACUCCAUCCACAUACUGGUUUCUAUGAUAUGAAGCUAAUUGCAAAUGGUUGGAUUGCUGGUGAUGGUUGAAUUUCAUUCAGUGUCAAUGCAACACAAGCUGGCACAGAGCGGGUGCAAUCUGAAAGUUUUUGAAGUCGAUGCUGGUGCUUUGUCGUGGGUGGCAAACACCCACAGAUAAUUCUUGCAUUGGACGAACCACAUGAGCGACAGUUCACACUUUGAAGGAAUCUAUCAGAUUGCUGUAUAGUGAUUAUACGAUGUGAGGACAUUGGUCAUUUGCAUUGGAAUGGUUAGUGUGGUAGAUAUGGAUGAAUCUGAAGCUAAGUACAGAAGGUUUUAUUUUGAGAAAAAGAUUUGAAGGAUCUCUGUAUAUAAUUAAAAGGCAGACUAACCAAGCGACUUGUAAAAUGUUCUUUCUGUAAUCCACGUGGAUUAUCUAUUCCUAGAGCUGACAAUUUGGUACACCUGUACUUAGUUAAUUUCUGUUUGGACAUGAUGCUCUUUUCUGCAGGCUUUUCCAUUCAGUGAUUUGUCCAUGACGGAGAUCUCAUUUCCAAUGCUUUAGAGGUACCAUUGUUGAAGGUCAAGACAUUAUGAUUUUUAUUGUAUAAUGGAGUACUUGGUAUAUCAUUUUUCAAAGCAAUACUUGGUUUAUGCAUGUUUCA